CAACAUGAUUAAGAUAGGCCCUGUGGGACGUCCAUUUGGAAAUGUAUGGGACGAAAAAGGGAACACUAAAAUCGUUCAGAUAUUUAUAUGUCACGAUGAUGAAAUCAAUUCAAUUCAGUUCCAAUAUGCUGAGAAUGGAAAAUUGGUGCUUUCCGACGUGCAUGGUAAAAUCAGUGGAAACAAAUUUGAUACUGUGAAAUUUGACUACCCAUCAGAGUAUAUAACUUGGGUUAGUGGUCGCCUGAAUUACUACGGCAACAAUAUACGUUCAAUCACAUUCGGAACAAAUCGGACAGCAUAUGGCCCGUUUGGAAAAUUUGUUGAAAACUACGACAAGAUUUUUGAUUUCCGGCUAGGUGACGAUCGCCAAUUUGGUGGAUUUCAUGGCACCGCUGAUGAAAAAAGUGUACAGUCCAUUGGUGUUUAUUGUAAUCCAAUAAAGACUUUAGGUAAUUUGGUCAACGAAAAUACUGCGAAGCUGGAAGAUGAUGUGGUCAACGAAAAUACUGCGAAGCUGGAAGAUGAUGUCGUGAUGUUAGGUCAACAUAUUGCCAGCACGACAUACAUAUUUCGUUUAGCCCGAAAGUCUACGAGAGCCAUCCUAAACCAUAUCGAGUGGGACGAGAGGGGCAAUACUGGAAUUUCCCAUAUUUUUGUUUCCCACGGGCAACGUAUCUACUCGAUUCAGUUCCGUUACGCCGUUGACUUUUCCGGCUGGGCAAUGUCCGCUAGGCACGGCGACAUCUACAAUUCCGGUCCAAAAUUCCAUGUUGUGAAAUUGAGUUACCCUGCAGAGUAUAUAACUUGGAUUAGUGGUAAUAAGGACAGCAAUACCUUAUACUCCAUCACAUUCGGCACGAACCGCGGCCAAUACGGCCCGUUUGGCUCCAUCUCGGGCUCGAGUCUCGGAGAUUUCAUUUACGAGCUUGGUGAAGAUCAACAGUUUGGUGGCAUCAUGAUUAAGAUAGGCCCUGUGGGACGUAUAACUGCAAAAUCAUGGGAUGAAAAGGGGAACAAUAAAAUUGUUCAGAUAUUUAUAUGUCACGAUAAAAAAAUUAAUUCAAUUCAGUUCAAAUAUGCUGAUGAGGAUGGAAAAGUGGUACUGUCCGAUGUGCAUGGUAACUACAAUGGAUGCAAUUUUGAUGUGGUGAAACUAGACUACCCAAAUGAGUAUAUAACUUGGGUUAGAGGUCGGCUGAUCUCUACUAACUACGACGACUAUUUAUGUUCAAUCACAUUUGGAACAAAUCAUGGUGAGUACGGCCCGUUUGGUAAGUCCAAUGACAACGACAAGGAAUUUACUUUCCGGCUAGGUAACGACCGCCAAUUCAGUGGAUUUCACGGCACUGCUGAUGAAAAUGGUGUCCAAUCCAUCGGAGUGUAUUUUGAGCCCCUCACAAUUGAAAAGGGUGUCCAAUCCGUCGGAGUGUUUUUUGGGCCGCCAAUCACAAUUUCAAACAAUCUGGUGAAGAAAAAUCGCUUCAGGUCGAGGGAGCUCGGACCAUCAAAUGACCGGAGACUACUACCUGGGCCAUCAAACGACCGAGCAUGGACGACCCAUAAACAGCGACCCAUUGAACGAGAUUUGCAAAUGACCCAUGUUAUGGCCCAAAAGCUAUGCGGCCGAUACGGCCCAUUUGGCUCCAUCUCGGGCUCGAGUCUCGGAGAUUUCAUUUACGAGCUUGGCGAAGAUCAGCAAUUUGGUGGGUUUUACGGCACCGCCGAUCAAUACAGCUUCAAAUCAAUCGGAAUCUAUCUGAAACCUAAGCCUGACUUGAGCCCUGUCGGACGUAGAAAUGGAAACUUUUGGGAUGAAAAGGGAAAGAAUAAAAUUGAUCAGAUAUUUAUAAGUCACGGUGAUGAAAUCAAUACAAUUCAGUUCCAAUAUGCUGAGAAUGGAAAACUGGUGUUGUCCGAUGUGCGGCACUGU